UUCCGUACUUGCGCGUUGGCUGAGCUGUUUUGGCCCCGGGGAGGACCCGUAGCCUCAGCUUCGGCUGGCGUCCGUAGCCGGGAAACCCGGAGCUCUAGCCUGAGAUCCGCGAUGUCGGGUGAAGACGUCCCGCACCGGGCAGAGUCCUCCGAAGCCCGUGCGGCCGCGGUCAGCGACAUCCAGGAGCUGAUGCGACGCAAGGAGGAGAUCGAGGCGGAGAUCAAGGCUAAUUACGACCUCCUGGAGAGCCAAAAAGGAAUUGGCAUGAACGAGCCGCUGGUGGACUGUGAGGGCUAUCCCCGGGCAGAUGUGGACUUGUACCAGGUCCGAACAGCAAGGCACAACAUCAUCUGUCUCCAGAAUGAUCACAAGGCACUGAUGAAGCAAGUGGAGGAGGCCCUGCACCAGCUACAUGCUCGGGACAAAGAGAAGCAGGCUCGGGACAUGGCUGAAGCCCGAGAAGAGGCCAUGAACCGAGGGCUGGCCUCCAACAGCCCUGCCUUGCCCCAGGCCUUUGCCAGAGUGAACAGUAUCAGCCCCGGUUCCCCAGCCAGUAUUGCGGGCCUGCAAGUGGAUGAUGAAAUUGUGGAGUUCGGCUCCGUGAACACCCAAAACUUCCAGUCACUGCAGAACGUGGGCACAGUGGUGCAGCAUAGCGAGGGGAAGCCCCUGAAUGUGACAGUGAUCCGCAGAGGAGAGAAGCACCAGCUCAGACUGAUUCCAACCCGCUGGGCAGGAAAAGGACUGCUGGGCUGCAACAUUAUUCCUCUUCAGAGAUGACUGUUUCCUGGGACCUGCGGGAAAGCUGCCUCAGCUGGCCCUGGGCUUGGGCCUGGAGGGAUUUCCUCAUUCUCUAGGCUCUCUCAAGUGUAAGGAUCAGGAGGAGAAUGGUCGAAGCCUGGGCAUCGGGUGGAAGAGACGCUUUGGCUGCCUGAUGUAAUCUCUGGGUUGAGGCAUUAUUAAAAGUGUGAUUUGUGCCUAGCUACGUCUUGUGCAAAUUAGGCCAUAGCCUGCCUGGGAAUUCUCUAGAUUAUGAGCCCAUGAGUGGGGAUGACUCUGGCGAGUGAUGAUUUGAUGUCAUUUUCUUUUUGGAGACAGGGACUCAGUGUGUAAUUCUGACUAUCCUGGAACUCCCUGUGUAGACCAGGCUGGCCUCGAGCUGACAGAGAUCCCCCUGCCUCUGCCUCAUUUGUAUUGGGAUUAGAGGCAUAUACUGACAUGGCUGGCUAGGCUCUGAGGAAUAUGUAUUAUUAUACAUAUAUAAUUUAUACUUAUUUUUUAGAAUUUCGUACGUGCACAUAGUACAUUUCUAUAUUUCCUGUCAUCUCAAGUCCCUCUCAGACCUCCCCUCAUACCCACUUCCCAGGUUCUUGCCCUCUUUUGUUCUUUUUCUUUUUAAAUAAAUAACCUACUAAGUGCCA